CAAAAGUUUAAUCAUGUAGGGAGAAUCAUGUGCCAAGCGAGUGAAACAGCUGAAAAAAGAUGUGGGGCUGAUGCUAGACACUGUGGUCGAUCCCUUACAUCAACUGGAGCUCGUUGAUGAUUUGCAAAGACUUGGAAUAUCGUAUCACUUUGAGAAUGAAAUUAAGAGCAUUCUGAAUAGCAUAUAUAACAAAAACCAAAAGCUGGAAAGUUUAUACACCGUAGCUCUUGAAUUCAGACUCUUAAGACAACAUGGUUAUGACAUACCAGCAGAAAUUUUCAAUAAUUUCAGGGAUGAGAAGCAAAACUUCAAGUCAUGCCUCAAUGAUGAUUGCAAACAAAUUUUAUCAUUGUAUGAAGCUGCAUUUCUAUUGAAAGAAGGAGAGAAUGCGAUCUUCCAUGAUAUUAGAAGUUUCACGACCUCAUACCUUAAGGCAUAUGUGAAGGAUAACAAAGAUCAAUAUCUCUCCACUCUAGUGAGCCAUGCAUUGGAGCUUCCACUGAAUUGGCGGAUGCUAAGAUUGGAGGCAAGGUGGUUCAUGGAUGUAUAUAAGAGAAGACCUGACAUGAGCGGUAUCGUGCUUGAGCUUGCUAAACUGGAUUACAACAUGGUACAAGCAACGCACCAAGACGAUCUAAAAUAUUCAUCAAGGUGGUGGAAGAAUAAUGGUCUUGGAGAGAAAUUAAGUUUUGCAAGGGACAGGUUGAUGGAGAAUUUCUUAUGGACUGUGGGAGUGAUAUUCAAACCUGAGUUAGGAUAUUGUAGGAGGAUGUCCACAAAGGUCAAUGCUUUAAUUACAACCAUUGAUGAUGUCUAUGACGUCUAUGGUACCUUGGAUGAACUUGAGCUCUUUACAGAUGUUGUUGAAAGAUGGGGCAUAAAGACAAUGGAGCAACUUCCACAAUACAUGAAGAUAUGUUUUCUUACUCUUUAUAAUUCCAUAAACGAAAUGGGUUUUGACGCUCUCAAAGAACAAGGAAUUAACAUUACUCCUUACCUAACGAAAGCGUGGGCAGAUUUAUGUAAAUGUUAUUUAUUGGAGGCAAAGUGGUACCAUAGUGGAUACAUCCCUACCCUUGCAGAAUACAUUGACAAUGCAUGGAUUUCUAUAUCUGCUCCUGUAAUUCUAGUGCAUGCUUAUUUUUUAGUUACAAAUCCAAUAACAAAGGAAGCCUUAGAAUGCUUGGAUGAAUACAACGAUAUAAUUCGUUGGUCAUCAAUAAUAUUACGACUUGCAGACGACUUAGGAACAUCAUCUGACGAGUUGAAAAGAGGGGAUGUUGCAAAAUCUAUCCAAUGUUACAUGUAUGAAAGAGCAUCUAAAGAAGACGCUCGUAAACACAUAAAAGAAAUGAUUAUUGCAACAUGGAUGAAGAUGAACAAAGAUCGGCUUGAAAAUCCUCACUUGUCAAACACUACUUUUAUUGAAAUUGCAAUGAAUCUUGCCAGGAUGGCUCAAUGCAUGUACCAACAUGGGGAUGGACAUGGUAUUCAAGAUCAUGAGACUAAAGAUCGCGUAUUAUCCUUACUUGUUAAUCCCAUCGCACAUUUGUAGGGAGAUGGUCACUAGUAGUGGUUAGAGUUUU